UUGGCUUACUGGGAGCUUCGAUACUGCUUUUCCUUGUCUGGCUGGGAGACUGCAGCAAGUUUGGAGUGUCUGUACAUGGAAUAUGAAGAGGAUGAUGAUAUUUCCUUUGCAAGAUGGAUGAGCAGUUUCUGGGGCCACAGCUUGAUUGAUGAGAAUGAGAAAGAGAGUAGAGGCCACAAGAAACGUCAAACACGAUCCCUUAGUGAAAGGAGAGCCUCCCUUCCGGCCAGGCUUUCCUCUCUCCAUACAACACGACUUCAUGCCUCUGCCAAAGGUUCAUCUUCAGGUCAUCUCAAGGGCUCCAAGGAAUUUCAAGAAGACCAAGAUGUCAAAUACCACCGUCACAAGAAGGCAAGCAGAACACCUUCAGCAGACAGCUCAGGCCCAGAGACAAGAUCAAACUCCAUGCAGGAAUUUGCAGAGUCCUUUGAGAAGCAAUUGCAUUUCAAGAGCAAACGCUCAGUUUCUUUGCAACCUGAAGGCAUGAAGGAGAGAAGAGAGAGACUGCAUCUGAGAAAGAACAAGUCUCACAAGAGAAUGGGAGAGAAAUCAGAGCCAGGGAGAUCACAGAAAGAUGAACACUCAGAAGCUAUACCCGCAAAGCACAACGAACAGUUCUCAUCACAAGCAAGCACUGAGAAAGGAUAUUGAUGCACAGGCAGCUAGAAUGUCUUGGGUUAAUGAAUUUUAGCACUAUCUCUGAUGAACAGAAGGAGCAUUCUUGUUUUGACUAGAAGAGGCUUGUUAGCUAGAGCAAAUCCAAAGCUGCAAAAUGAAACUAAAAUUCAACUGCAUAAUUGAUACCAUUUUACUACAUUCCUGUCAUUUCUUUCUCCACUAGGAACCCUGCUCAGAGACAUGGGGCAAUGAACCACACCUUUAGAGGAUUUCAGGCAGAUUUAGCAUUGCAGCAGGACAAUAGUGGAUGUGUUUGUUUAAGAGGAGAACACCUAUGUAUUACAGAGCUGUGAAAAGUCAUUCAAAGCCAUAUAUUUCUGCUUUAAUUGUGAACAGAAAGUUUGGGAAAGAAAACGUAAACAUAAACUAUCAUCUAUUACUUGGCCCUGACAUAGACGUAGAGUUGGUUUGGAAAUAGGGAUCUCUUCUCUUUGACAAUUUCCAAAUUUGUGGAGAUGAUAGAGAAAAAGCUCUCCUCCACACUUUGCUGUUGUCACUGUUCGUACAAUAAAACUCUUUUCUCUCCCAUGUCCCCAGUCUCAUUUCCCAAGUCACGCAACUAGUUUUUCUGCCAGCUUUUUCUCUGUUGUGGCCUUUCCUCCCUCCAUUUUCUAUUUUGUAGCUGUGACUUGUAGCUGUAAGACUCUUUUGUUACAACUCUAGUUCUGCUUCAUCGGAAUUUGAGCCUUGCUCAAACCUCUGGUAAAAACAGCCUCCUGCACUUCUAUAUAAUUUCUUCAAGGGGCUGAUCAUGCUUCGCACAAAUUCAGGGUGAUGGAUCCUUUUCAUUUUUUCCUUUUUUUUUCAUGAAUUGAGGCCAAACAAAGGAAUUGGAAAGUGGCUCUGCCAGGGAUAAGCAGGUCUUGGGAAUUUUUUUUUUCUGGCUGAGGAUUUUCUAAACUCAGCUGUAGAUCUGAUCAUCUCUAAGUAAGAUUUCCUUCUAUGCAGAGCAAUACAAUUUCCAUAUGCUUAGAAACACAGCUUUUUGAUAUGUGAGUAUUUCCUUCAGAGAAAAUCCCUGUCAUUGGGAAUAAUUUCUCCAGGCCUAGUACGAAGAAAGCCUGCUUUGGUAAUAGAGGAUAGUGAAGACUGAUGGAUUUAUGAGCCAGAGUCAAAGUCUGCCGGGUAUUCUUCCUGGGAUUUUCUGUAAUUAACAGAAGUUUUAUUCCUUUACUUUAGAGCUUUAAUUUUGAAUGUUUAAUCUUAGGGUUGUUCAAGCUUAGGGCAUCCUCAAAACUUUGUGACACUUAUCUUCAUUCUGGGAUUGGUUUUAUUUAUGUAGGACUUUGAGGGUAUAAAAGGAAGUGACUGAACCCUUGCUAAUGCUUCUAAGAUGUUUCUUGCCUGGCAACAUAUAUUACAAACUAAUAAAUGUAACUG